UUUUUUAAGAAUUUAAAUUAAUUUCUCGAAAACUAAAUUUUUUCUAGCAUAUUUAUUUUCAUUCCUAUACUACGAAACAACGUUAUGAUUCUUCAGUAGAUUAUGCUUUGGAUUCGACAUGCGCCGGAUCGAUUUCAAAGUGAAGAAAAUGUAUGGAAAUUGUGUCAGGAUGUAUCACUAAGAAUACCGGAGGAGUUGGAUCGGUGCUUCGUGGUAUUUAUAUCUAAUCCUUGCCGCACGGUGCCUCUCUGGAAACAAAGGGCUGGGCGCGAGGAAGAUCGUCUCGUCAUAUGGGACUAUCAUGUGAUAUUCUUGUACUCUUGGGACUGCAAGACUUGCCUUGUUUAUGAUCUGGACUCUGAGUUGCCUUUUCCAACAUUCUUCCAUAAAUAUGUCACUGAGACAUUUCGAACAGAUCAGGUGUUGAAGUCAGACUUCCACAGAUUCUUUCGUGUUGUGCCUGCAAAACAAUUCUUGCAACAUUUUGCCUCUGAUCGUCGUCACAUGAAGAGACCUGAUGGUUCAUGGAUUAAGCCCCCACCUCCAUAUCCCGCCAUCUGCACUUCAGUGGCCACAAACAACCUAGAUGAGUACAUCAACAUGGAUAUUGGAUCAGGAUUGGGCCAGGUUUUGAGUCUGACUGAAUUUGUGCAACGGUUUUAUAAGAUAGAAAAGUAGUACAAACAAGAAUCAGUUAUGGUGCUUGCCUGCCUGAGAGAAUCAGUAGCAACAUUAUAUCAUAUACAUUUUGAAUGUUGAGAAGGUUGUCAGGAAAAUUAGGCAGGUCCAUACAGAGCAAAUAGUCAGGCAAUGUCCUUCUGUGGUAAACGGCUAAUUUGGACUUGGUUCAGAUGAGAUAGGUUGCUAGUUAGAGGAAAAACUGUUAAUUGCCUUGGCUGAAGUUCGGUAGUGCUUGCUCUGUGUGGACCUGCCUAAUUAGUACUCCGGCAGACAACACCAUUAGAUAGUCAAAUGGCGCAUUUUUUAUUUUUAAAUUUCCAUGACAGGUCAUGGUUUUAGUUGAUUAUGUUGUAAUAAUCUUUGUUAUUACUUUGUUGUUCUUGUGAUUAUUUAAUUACUUUUUAGUUCAACCAUUAUUACAUAAAGUCAAUCUAAUAGCUUAUAAAUAUUCAGAGCACAGUGAUUUCAAUUUGCCCACACUAUCACACGAAGAUGUGUCUUGCACAAUAACUAUCAAUAUCCACUCAUUUUAAAGCCACUUAUUGGUCAAAUUUCUAUGUACCAUAUUAGUUAACAGUUUCUUAUGUUCAUUAACAAUUUUUAAUUCCUUCAAUAUAAAAUUAGUGUGUAACAUACAUAGGACUGUUGACCAAUGAAUUCUCUAAUUAUUGAAUAGAAGUAUGUAUUCAACAUUGAAUUAUUACAUAAAUGUUAUCAAAUAUUUCUAUUCCUUAAAGAUAAGCUGAUGCCUGUAUUUAGAUAGAAGAAUUCUAAAAUAACUUAGUAGAUUUACAGAGAUGCUAGUGCUUUACAUCUCAAUUUUAUAAAAGCGUGUAAGUAUAGUAAGGGGAACUUGUGCUAACAUUGGUCAGUUCUCCGAAUUUAUUUUAGUGGCUAUAAAAACGUAGGAGAUCGCGGGUUCAAAUCUCAGCUCGUAUCAAUUACUGUUCCGGAAUGAUAUUGACCAAUUUCUUUUCGGUGAAGGAAAAAUGUGAUCAAAUGAAUGUGAGGAAACAGGACUUAUUCCAAUGUUAGAACGUCAGGUGGCAUUAACUUUCGUAAAACUAGUGCCUCCAUGCCAUGGUAAAAAUUCUGUAUAACGUAAGGAGAAUGGGUAACUUUGGUGGCUGAUUUUAUAAAACUGGCUAAUGUUAGGGCAUGUUACCCUAACAUAGGUAUUAUAUCAUGUCUUUAAAGUUUAUUGUUCUUCUGUUCCGUUAAAUUAUAAAGAGUAUAUUUUAUCUCUACCUCUUGUUCUCGUUUCGACUGGAGAAGUAAUCCUUGUUUACGGAUUGUAUUGUAUGUUACCUUGAGUGAUAAAUUAAAGUUUAAGUAAUUUAUUAUAUGUAGUAGCGUAAACGGUCACGAAGUAGCUUUUGUAUGUUGUUAAAUCUAUUGAAUAAUUUUUGUAUCAACUUUUAUACACUCUUUUUAUCCUGCCCUAGCACCCUUAGCAGAUAUUAAGAGUAUAAUCUCAAAUAUUACAUAGCGUAAGUUAAAAGUGAAACUGCAUAUUGUUAAAAAAUAUUUGCGUAAGUGCAUCGGGAUAAGUGUUGUGUUACGUUACGUAAAUUUCUAUAUUUUAUGAACACAUAUGUUAAAGCUUCGUGCGACAUGUCAUUGAAAUCGGACAAUGUAAUUUGGUACUCUUGCACGUCGCAAUAGUGAUUAUAUUCCCUUGCUCAUAAACUUUCGUCCUUUUACCCAAUAAUAAAAAAAACUUCGACCUGCCUGCCAUUGAUUAAUUCUAAAACUUUUUGAGUCCACAGGGCAGGAAAUAUACAUAUAAUCUACUUUAUUAUACAUACUAUUACCUAUCUAAAUAACCAUUUUCAACUUGGGCAUAGGAAAAGCCCCAUACUUGCUAUUACACUUAAUAAACCUUAAGAUAUAAGCCUGUUAUAGACACCCUUGUUCUGGUUUGAAAGUUCUUGAUGAUGACGAUAUAAAGAGCUCUGUUGUAUAACAACUAGUAGUUUUUAGGGCACAACCAUUAUCACGUUUAGUCAGAAGCGUUUAAAAAAACAAAGCAGCUCAAAAGAACUAAAAACAGCCAAUCAUCAUAUCAACCAUGUAAACAUGCCCUAUUAAUAUAGUACCCACAAAAGACAUUUCAAGUGGUUAUGCAAUGGACCUUAGAUUUGAGAGAAGUGAAUAUUUUCGCAAAAGCCCCUCUAUAACUUCCAGUAUAAUAGUAUAUUUAAAGUUAGUUAAGGCUAAGAACUAUAAGCACAUGUCUUUUAUUGUUGGAUUUUAAUAUAAUUAGAUUUUGCAUUUAUUUGAAAUAUUUCUGCAGGGUUUACUAUCUGUGUUCAAAUUUUACUAGUUUAAGUAUAUAGGUCUUACCUUAUUAGAUGUGUUUCGAUGGUUGCAUUCUGCAAUAUUUUUGCUGGAUAUGCUUUUGUGGCUUAUUUGUAUAAAAAUGUACUCAAUUUUAUUACAUCUACUGAUCUAAAAAUCUAUUAAUCUAGUCAUAAUUCCUCUUCUCUACUCUUAAGGAUGUAUUGUUAACACUUAAAUAAGCACCUAUAUUUAUUAUAGCACUAACAGAGGGGUGUACCGGGCCGCGGCUAUGGUCCGAUCAGCAUAUCUUUUUCGGUUUCACCAUUUUCGGACGACGGCGACCACUUUCCUCACGAAUAUGCCCGUACUUAGUUCGUAGUCCGGUACGGCCGUCUAUUAGAAUUUUUAUGAAGGCGUAGCUGGUUUAAUAGUUGGGACCAAUCUGACUGUGGUGGAACCCAUUGUGUAGGAAUCUGGUGCCGGGGGUGUAACGUCCCACUGGUUACGCCUUUGACCUGUAAACCUUAACUAGAAACCAGUAUAUUGUAAAGACUGUUUACCCCAUACAACAUCGUGUACAGUCAAUCAAUUGUACCCUAGGCCACUCUAUAACCAUGUCAAAAUGACAAGCAGUAAGAGAUUUCUUACAAGCUAAUUUAUAUCAUCACUAAUGACAUAGUUCUACAGUGGCCUAGGGUUCCAAUUGUUUGACUGUACCUUUGUAGAGUUGAGUAUAGAUGUCGCCACUGUUCCGAUGUGUGUUCCUUAUACAAUGUCAAGAUUGAACAGUUUGGAUCUACCUAUUUUAAAUUUUAACCACUAACACGGUACUCGUAUAGCAUAAAAAUAUUCCUAUAUUUAUUUAUACAACUUCUGGUUUUUCUAAAACAUCAUAUUUACCUACGUACCUACAAAAAGAACACCUGGCAUUAGUGAUUUCUGAGUAGCAGUUGUAGAAUAUAUUUUCUCUCUUAUGGUAUGACAGUUUUGUUUUGUCAAUUACCUACGUUGAUUGAUUUUCUAUGAGUAGUUCGAUCGAUGGAACUCAAAAUUGUAUGAACGUUGACAGUCUUUAACAUAAACUCGUUUCUACAGCAACCCGCAAUUAUUAUUGUUAUGAAUUCAAUCGAUACCUUCCUUCUACGCCUUUAAAAUUUUAUCUAUUGACUGACUGAGUGAUAAAUUGGGCUUGUGCUUUUAAUGUACCAAGCUACAUGUUUUUAUUUUAAGAUUGCAAAAAAUAAAACACCACACGCUGA